UAAAUGGAACUGACGGUCGGCCUAGAGAGUGUGUCAAGGCGAGCCCCCGGCCCACGUCCCCUGAUGUUGCAGUAAACAGUACCGAUCUGUCGCUGGAUAUGGCCACUUCAGAUAUGGCAGAGACUGGCCUCAGGAUACAGGACAUCCCCUUAUUGGUGGUACGCUGCCUUAUAGCUGUCUACUACACAGUCUACCUUAGCGUGCGGCAGAUCUACCGCUUCUUCUACCCUCCCCCGGGGAAGAGCCUCAAAGAAAAACAUGUUCUUGUAACCGGGGCAGGUGGUGCUUUAGGCAGGGAGUUGUCUUUGUGUUUCGCGCGGGAGGGUUGCCGAGUAACCUGCGUGGACGUGAACCUUCCAGAGUGCGAGGAGACAGUCGGCUUGGUGUCCAAGAUCAGCGAGAAGCCAGCGCGCUGCUACCGGCUGGACGUUACAGACAGAGAGGCUGUGGCAGCCUUCGCCAAACAGCUGGAGCUGGAAGUCGGGCCUCUGGACAUCCUGGUUAACAACGCCGGGAUUGUCCAGGCUGGAGGACUACUGGAUGUCACGGACAUGCAAAUUUCCAAAAUCAUAGACGUCAAUUUAAUGGCUCACUUCUGGACUAUCCGAGCAUUCCUACCGACGAUGCUGGCGAGAAAUACAGGUCACGUGGUGGCGAUAUCCUCAGCAGCAGCGCUUGCCGUGGCCUCAAACAUAGGGCCUUACACUGCCUCCAAAGCUGCUGUGUCGGGAUUAAUGGGAUGUUUGCGAGAAGAAUUAAGAAAACAACGAACAUCUGUAUAUUGUACCACCGUCCAACCGUUUUUCCUGGCACCACCGGAACAUAAAAAACAUUGGGAAGUCAAGUCAGUCUUACCCGACAUAACAGCCAGCUCAGUGGCGGUCUCUACCGUGGAUGCUGUCAAACACAAUGCGGUCACCCUCACAAUCCCGACUUAUCUCUUCUUCAUUAUGUACAUGGUCAGGUUCAUCCCAGCCGCAGCGUCAGACAUGUGGAGAGAUGUGUUCGCUGCCAACAUAGACUCUGUCAACAACUCGAAAACCAAGUCACAGUAGUUAAUCAAUCCUCGUAGACUUAACGUAUAAAUAUUGAAGAGGCGAUAACUCUGCUUCUACCCGAGGCGUAAGACAGAAUUUAUUACGGUCCGUGCAGGGACCUUACGAGUGAAAGACAGUUUAGUGAUAAAUUGUGUGUAAACACUGUAAGAGAAAUGUAUAUGCAAAGUUAUUCUCACUGAUGUAAUGUGUUAUUACACUACAAAAAGUCAUGUUUACUUAUUUAUUUCAAAUAAAAAACAAUGUUCUUAUUAUUA